AUGGCCGCGCGCGUGAAGAGAACAUCCAAACCCAUUCAGGAGUGUGUUGACAAUGGGAACGUGAAGAAAGCCCGCACUAAUGAACUUAAGGACAUCCCUACAUCUGGAAUAAGCUCCCAGCAACGUGAUGAAAUGAAAGAACUUUACAGCCUUGAAAUGCCAGAGGAUUUGUACCACUUUUGGGAUUUCUGCAAGGAACUAUGUCCAGACGACCCCCGUGGUGCGUUCAUGGACACGCUCGGCCUACAGCUGGUCGGCCCUUUUGAUGUUCUGGCUGGAGCUCACAAAAAACUGAAGACCAAACCAAACCUAAAUCUUCAUUGGAGAUACUUCUACGAUCCACCAGAGUUUCAGACAAUAAUUCGCAGUGAGGGCAACCAACUUCACUUUGGCUAUUACAGAGACACCCCAGAUUUACUUCCUUCAUUUGUGGGAGAGAAUGAUGCCAAGAAGGGCUGCUCCAUAACACAAAUGGGAGAGAAUGUGUUUGCCGCUGUAUAUUUGUAUCUUCAGAGGAAACGAAAAGAAAAAGCAAGUCUAAAGACAGAUUUGGAAAGUCUAGUGGAAAAGCUACGAAACAAAGCUGGGGUCCUGGGAUUGCCGCUCGAGCAAAAAACUAAAGAUAUGAAGCAAAGAGAUAAGAAGGUGGUCACUAAAACAUUCCACGGUGCUGGCAUUGUUGUACCGAUUGAUAAGAAUGAUGUUGGAUACAGAGAAUUGCCGGAAACCGAUGCUGGGCUCAAAAAGAUCUGCAAAGCCAUUGCCGAAGCACAAACUGAUGAAGAGCGAAUUAAAGCUUUUGGGCCUAUACAAGAGAUGAUCACUUUUGUACAAUUUGCCAAUGAUGAGUGUGACUAUGGCAUGGGUUAUGAACUGGGAAUGGACCUCUUCUGUUACGGAUCCCAUUAUUUCCAUAAAAUGAUCAAGCAGCUUCUCCCGAUGGCCUACAACUUACUGAAGAGAAGUCUUUUUGGAGAGAUUGUUGAGGCCCAUCUGUCAAAUCGCAGUCGCGAUCCCGUGGACCAACUGUCUCCGUAA